AACUCUACCCACAGCCACUAUUUCGACAUUAUAUGGUAUCACCUUCUGAUCUCCCAAUAUCAGACCUCAUUUGGUCCAUUCCCUUCGACUCAAUGUCUGUCCUGCCCCAGCACAAGCUGUUCUCCUCCGUAAACAACCCGAGACCCGUCGUCCCGUGCCUAGUCGUCCGGAAUGGCCGUGUUCGUUGCCUUGCUGCCACCACCACGACAGGCCCCACUGGGCAGAAGCUGGAGUCGGGAAAGCUAGUCAUUGUGCCCGUCCCUACUUCCACUUCUACACCACCUCCUGACCCGCCACGGGUGGUGACAUCUCCAUCUCCAUCUCCUGUCCGGCUGGCGACUGAUGACCCAUCGUCACUCAAGUCGACCUGGUCCCACCGCGCUUGGGUUGCAUGCGGGUGUACGACGGUGUUUGUCUCCCUGGCAAAGUCAGUGUUACUGGCUGCGGAGUCCCAUUCUUGGGCCGGGCCCAUCUUGGCAGGAUCGGUCGGGUAUGUGCUCGCGGACCUCGGUUCGGGGGUCUACCACUGGGGGAUCGACAACUACGGGGAUGCCUCGACCCCUUUCUUCGGAAGCCAGAUAGAGGCUUUCCAGGGCCAUCAUAAGUGGCCGUGGACGAUAACUCGCCGGGAGUUCGCCAACAACCUCCACGCUUUGGCUCGGGCAGUGGCCUUCUCGGUCCUUCCCAUUGACCUUCUAUGCAACGACCCCACAAUGCUCGGGUUCGUGGCCUUCUUCUCAGGUUGCAUUAUGUUUAGCCAACAGUUCCACGCAUGGGCCCAUGGAACCAAGAGCAGGCUCCCCCAGCUCGUUGUUGCAUUGCAGGACGCCGGGAUCCUCGUGUCUCGGGCACAACAUGCCGCACAUCACCGGCCUCCCUAUAAUAACAAUUACUGCAUCGUGAGCGGAGUUUGGAACACGUUCCUGGACGAGAUGAAGGUAUUCCAGGCAUUGGAGAUGGUGCUAUUCUUCAAGUUCGGGCUGCAGCCGCGGUCCUGGGACGAGCCGAGCUCCGAGUGGACGGAGGAUUUAGAGGCCUCUGCUCAAAUCGAAGCCUAGCUCGUUAAUGCAUAACAUAUCAUAUUCAUAUUAUUGAAUUUUUAAUUAAGUACUUUUUUUUUCUUUUCAAAAAGUUUCUUCCAAAAGUACUUGCGGAUUGAAUGCUGUGUCGAUGAUGAGCCCUGGUUCAUCUACAAGCUGCAAGUGUUAGUGUAAUACAUGUAUCGAGCUUAAUCUUGGCAAUAAUUUUCUAAUGCAAUAUAAACGAAAUCUUGCA